AUGACUAGAAAGAAGGUGAAACUUGCAUACAUCAACAAUGACUCUGCAAGGAAAGCAACGUUCAAUAAAAGGAAGAAGGGUUUGAUGAAGAAGGUGAGCGAGCUGAGUACCCUUUGCGAUGUCGAUGCGUGCGCUAUCGUUUACAGUCCUUACGACACUCAGCCGGAGAUAUUUCCGUCCCCGUCGGGUGCUCAAAGAGUGCUUGCGAAGUUCAAGAAGAUGCCGGCAAUGGAGCAGAACAAGAAGAUGGUAAACCAGGACAGUUUUCUCAGGCAAAGGAUCGCAAAAGCCGACGAACAGCUGAGAAAACAGAGGAAGGAGAAUAGGGAGAAGGAAAUGACUAGGGUUAUGUUUCAGGGAUUGACAGGUCAAGGAGGAGGAUUGCAGGGUUUGAGCCUGGUAGAUUUGAAAGAUGUUGGUUGGCUCAUUGAUCGGAACUUGAGGGAGAUUGAUAGAAGAAUUGAAAUACUGAAAAGGGAGACUCAGAAGCAAGUAAAGGUGGAAUCAAAAGCAAAUAAUAAUAAUAGUAUAGAAGCAGAUGAGCAUAUUAAUAAUGCGGAAACCAUUGAUGUAGAGAGGUCUUCUGAUGCUGCUGCUGCUGCUUUUGAUAUGAAUAACAUGGAAACCAUGCACAAACAGCCAUGGUUCAUGGACUUGAUGAACCCGGUACAAGAUCAGCAAAUAGGGUUUGGUGGAGAUGAGAUUAUGAUGAAUAUUCUUCCAUUUGGUGAUCAUAACCAUAAUUCUCUUGGGUCUUACCCUUUUUUCCCUUAG